UCUCGCCUCCCUAGUAAUCAAUGAACAAUCGCCACACCCCGCGCCCCUGCCACCCGAAAAUUCCCUAUUCCUGCCGCGUUCGUCCUGUCGGUCCUGUUCCACUCGGAAUUAUCCACAUCAAAAGCCCUCAGAUCCCUUCACAGCCUAAAACCCUCUCCACCUGAUCCCCCCAGCGAUCAUCCAGGUGCCUCCCCCUAUCGCGUAAUCUCCAAAGAUGGCGGAAAUCUGAUCAGUGUUCAGUGUCGUAAAAAUUGAAAAAAAAAGUGUACUCAUUGUAACUCACAAAUACCUACAUGACAACCUCCGUUUGAACGUGGUUGAACGCGCAAUACGGGGGCGUAAGUAACCAAGCAUAAACCCAGUACAAGCGUACAAGUGUAAUUCGUAUUAGUCAGUUGAAACAACCAACAAUCCAAGUCAACCCAUUCCCUCAACAAAUUGAGUUGGAUUGAAGUGGUUCGUGAGAUUAAAUGCCCGUCUAGGCAACAGCCCAGGGGUGACAAUAUCAGUGUUACCAUCGGAAAAUAUCAAGGUGAAAGAAAGAAAGAAAAAAAAAUAAUAAUAAUUGUGUUGAGUUAGCAGAUAUCGAACAUCACCCUGUACUCAUGGUAGUCAUCGAAUUUUGUGGUUUCGAUCAACUCGUGAUAGCCGGCUAAUAAGGAGGCUUUUUUUACAAUCCCAGUUCACUCAAUGAAGCCCAAAGAUCAUUAAACUGACGACACAAUAACGUACAAUCACAGGAUAUUGAUAAAAAAAAAGAGGGCCCAAGUAUUAACAAACAGUCGUCAAGAAUAAUUGUGUACAUCGUGGGUGAAGCGAUAAAUAUAUACGGUUAACACAUCGAUAGUGUCUGUCUAGUUCAGUUGGUGCUUCUCGGUGAUGUCUACCAUCGUUUUAAUCAUUCAUCCUCACUGUCGUUAAGGCGGUGGUAAUCACAGUGAUAAUCUCGAUUUUCAGGUGUCACAGAGAGUCAUUGCAGAGUCCAUGGAAUUUCAUCACAUCAGUUUAAUACUUGGUUUUGUGAUGAAAAGAAGUGUUGAAUUAUUGUCAAACUUAUACUAGUACAACCAGAAACAGUGGAUUAUCAUUAGUUAUUAUUUUCUACAUCUCUGUUCACCACUCCAAGACGAGUGGCUCAACGCCCGGGCCUUUUGUUGCAUGCGUAGUAGUGCCAAAGAAAAUCGGAUAAUUUAUCGAAUCCUGGGAACAAAAUUCGCUGACAUUUCAGUCUGGUGAAGAUACUCAACCCCUGCGAUGAAAAUUGAAACGUCAGUCGACCUUACAUAGGCAGGUCAUCACUGCGGACACAGGUUCUGUUUUGUUAAAAAAUGGACGGUCAUGUGCCGUAGAACAACUGCCAUGCUAGUGACGAAUCAGUCAUCGGCACCACUGGAUAAUUUGUCGAAUAUGCUGUCGGUACUUGAAGAAGAGGCAAACACCGACAUUGACGACGUCUUUCCACCCCAUGUCGAUACGUCAAAUAUAGUUAUUCAUCCAGAAUCGCCAACGACUAAGAAACAGGCAUUGAAAACAUUUGCCGAAGUCAAUGCACUGUUGCAAGCCGGUAGAAAGAGAGAAGUUAAACUUAUUAUAAGGGAAAAUGCAUGGCCGCUCAAUAAUGGUAUCAGGGCACAGCUGUGGCCGGCGCUAUGUCAACAGCAUGCUCAUGGAAAGAGUAUGCUCGAUGGAUUCUAUUGGGAUAUGGUUAAUCAAGUCUUUGGAACUACAGAGCUGCCAGAUAAAUCAAUAAUGCUACCGCCAUUUGUCGAUAGCACUCAUUGCCUGUCUUAUAAUCUCACACGAAAAGGCAGAAGCGUUGCGGACAGAGUUGUCUCUGUACUCGGUUACGCCUGUCCAGACAUAACUUAUAGUCCCUCACUCUAUCCAAUUACAGCGCUUUUAUUGCACUUCAUGCCAGAAGAGGAAUGCUACCACUGCAUGGCGAGUCUCGUUGCAGCCAAGGAGAAGAUGUUUAUAACGCAGACAAAAUUAUUGUAUGAGAGUACGUGGAAGACUGUUGAACAAAUAACCAAGAAACAUGUUAAAUCAGCAGCUGUACAUCUUACGAGACACUGUUCAGGCUCGAGGGCUGAAAGAAUUUAUAUGGAUUGGAUAUGGUGGAUCCUUCAAUUAUUACCAUUUCAGCAUCUAGUCAGAGUUAUGGACUGUUUUUUGCACGAGGGCUCCAAAGUUUUCUACCGAGUGGCAAUGGCCAUUGUUUUACUCUUCUACAAGCACUCGUCGUCAGCUACGUCGGAGUGGAUGGGUGAAAUAAUGAAAAAUGGAGUUGAUGCGGCUCUUUCGAAGUUUUGCCGUCAAAUACCGGUAACUCCGGCGAAAUUCUUAAGGACUGCCUUCGGUAUUCGUGGACUGAGUUCAGCUUACAUAUCAAGAGUGUUUUUGCGGACAGAAAUGUCUCUGAGAAGUCGUAGUGUCCUAACUGGCUCAAAAUCGCUAGCAAGAUCACGAUCUACGGACAAUCUACCCACGAGCCAAUCCCAGGUCAAUAUUCAGAUGAUGUCUCACACACUCACGAUUCGAGAGAAAGAGUGCGAAGACACGUACAAAGACAGGGGUGCACACAGCCCUGGACCAAGAGCUCUGUCAAUGGGCGUGUAUCCUAUACAGACUGUUAACUCGCAGAUCUUAGACGUGCCUGAUUUAUUCACACUAUGGUCGUGGCUUCCUGUGAGGAUAACGAUGUAUCAACCUAUUUUACUGUAUACUACGGAGGAACAUGGAUGUUCAUUGACAACGUUCUACGUGAGGGUGGAACAGCAUGAACCAACAUUGCUUAUGAUUAAGACGUGUAAUAAUGAGGUAUUUGGAGCUUAUUGUUCCACACGAUGGUGCGAGAGAAAUUUGAAGGACGAUAAAGGACAAAGACAAGCAUACUUUGGUACGGGUGAAACAUUCCUCUUCAGUUUGUACCCAGAACGUGCUAAAUAUCCGUGGGUGGGAAUGGAUUCAUCGCACAAUGACUCAAGGGUGCAUCAUUCAGCUGAAUUAUUCAUGGCAGCUGAUGCCAAGAUGAUUACCAUCGGUGGCGGGGACGGUCAAGCAAUUUGGAUGGACGAGAACAUCCGAUUUGGAAAGACAGAUCGUUGUUCGACUUUCAACAAUCCACCACUGUGCGCCAGUGGUGAUUUCGAGAUUAGGGUAUUGGAGGUUUAUGGUUUCGCUGGGGCCUAAUUCUCUUCACGUAAAAAAAAAUGCAACUGCCAUUUAUCAACUCUCUAUAAUCUUUGUCUCGUUAUUUAUUGUUGGUGUAAUCCUCUGUUGCUUCGAUAUAUAAAUAGUAUUAUUGUGCGUGAUAUUGGCUUCAAUAUGAGCGAGUAAUCAUGAUUUAUUACUCAGUAAGAGUAUCAAACAAACAGAACAAAAUGAAGUGAGAAAUGAAUGAAAAAUGGAAAAAAUUGAGAUAGAACAACUGAAUUAGCAUUACGAGCUCCAGGAUGUGGGCUUUGUGAUGAAAAAUCUGAUGGUUUUUAAUGGAAAGGACUCGAUUGUUGUAUCAACAAUGAAAAUGUAACUGAAAUGUGACGAAUUACAGGAGAAAGUAAACGUUCUCAUGCUAACUAUUGAAAAAAAUAUAUAUAUUAAAUGAAACACAUUCAAUUACCCAAUGAAAUUGAAUCGUUACGUCAUUACGCUUUCUUCGUUGUAGUUGUAAAGAACAUUUAGAAUUUGUAAUUCAGUGUCAAUCUACUUUUUUUUUCAUUCUCAUGGUGCAUAUGCCUAAUGUUAUGGGUAAUAAGGCUGUCAGUUAAGAAAAAUGACAAAUAAUUGACAUGAUUUUCAGCAAUGAGAGAACGGGAAAUCAGUGAGACUAUUAAUGAUAUAGAGAUAAUUGAUUAAACGAAUGCGCCUAGUCCUAUCGGUAUGCAUUGUAAUGACUUUUAUUUUUUAUUUUUUUCCUUCAAUUUAGGAUUUACUGUUGCCAAUUUGUUUAUUUGAAAAUACGUUGGAGCCGGCUCCUAUAGAUGACAGUUUUUUUCCUUUUUCUUUAUUACUGGGGGUUCGCCAGUUGAUUGAUGAUAAAUAUAAACCGAAUAAUUUUGACAAUAAUAUAACCACUAAUUGACAUGAAAAAUCUCCAAAGGGAGAGGAAUUUUUUUUGGCAUUAAAUUUUCACAAUUGUCGAUAAUCAAGGGCUGGCUGCACCAAUCUACAGACUAAUUUUUAUCAUUCAUCUUCAGACUGAGGAGAAAAACAUAUUCUUAAAGGAGUCUCGUUCAAGCGAAAGAAUAAUCAUCAAUUUAAAAUCGAUUCUGAUUAUUUUCCAGUUUCUCAUGUAAAUCUUGAAAUCUACUUAAAAUGUUAUGAGAACAAUUUAUUUAUCUCCUUUAGAUACCGAAAUAUUCAUUGAAAACUGGAAAAUAGUAAAAAUCGACUUUAAUUAUUUUACCAAUUUGCUUUUAAAUAAUUAUUACCGAAAUAAUUAAUUUAAUUGUUCUGGAAGAAUUGUAAUUUUUUGGGCAAAACGUGAAGGAGGGUUUUUUACUUCAAUUAAUUAAUACUCAAGAGAAGGAUUUUUUUGUUAAAUAGAUUAAUGAUUGACUAAGAGAAUAAUAUUUCUAGUUUACCUGCACUUUGUAAAUGAUCCAAUGUAAAUAUUUUGCUUUACAUCAGAAUUAUUGUUACUGUUUGAAAUUUUCCAAUGCCAAAUGAAAGAAUUUCGAUUGUUAAAUGUGUCGCUGUUCGUUUAAACAAGACUCGUUUGACAUUGUUUUUACUUAUAUUGAGCUGACCGAGAUUGGUGCAACCAUCCCUAACGCCUAUAUAUAUUUGUGCAUAGUGAAAGUGUGAUUUUUUUUUGUCAAAAAAUACAUUUCAUACGAAUGAAAAUUCUAAUUUGUAAAAUGUUAUUUUUACAUUCAUCAUACAGAUUGAAUUUGAUCUUUGGAAACUGUUAAUUUUAUAGCUUUAAUCCUGUUAGAAAAAUUGAUUUUCUUGUAUAUAUUAUAAAUAUUUAUCUUUUUCUUCACUAUCUUGGUUCACGUAGCUAUUUAAUGUUAUUAAAAAAAUACAAAUUUUCAUACAAAACGUUGUGAUCAAUACCGAUUUAACUGUAAAACCAUAGUUCAGAUGGACACGUGGAAUUGGGAAACCGGUGCGAGUAAAAAUUUUAACGAUAGAUUAUUAUAAUGAUCAAUUAGAUUAGUUACACUGUUAGAGUGACUGAAUAGCACCCUCGGUCUCAAUCCUAUUUUUAUUUGACAAUUUUCUUAUUUAUUUAUUUCAUUGAUAAGAAUUAUUUUUUAACUACUCUUCGUUUCCGAUUUACGUCAUUCCUUCCGUCAUUCUAACUAGUACUAGAAAAACUAAUUGCCGCAUACCAAAUGCAUGAGAGUGAUUUUCAUGGAUAAAUUCUCUGUUGAAAAAAUGUCCUUCAUAAUGAUCACUCGAUAGAAUUUCUCAAAAGCUUGUCGACGCCAUUCACGCGACUUUUAGUGACAUUUCUAAAAGUCAAUUUGAGAAUAGAAAGUCUCAAUUUCAGAUUCAUCAGUUUCACCUGGAGCUUUCAAAGUCCUAAAUUUAUAUUUUCAAUUUUCGAGUCUCAAGUCAGACUUGAGAGGCGUAAAUUGUUAUUAAACAGUUGAGACCUUAACGUUUCGAGUUCAAAUUUUCAAAUGUCUAAAGUUGAAAUUUGAAAAUCGUUAAUUGAUAUUAAAAAGUCCUUCGUUGAGACAAAGCUGAGAUUUUAUCCGCAUAAACAACUAAACUUCAACAAUAUGACUAAACAUUCUAUCAUUUCACGCUAUCAUCGUCAGUCCAGUGCCCGAAUUUAUUGUUUUUUCCGGUAACAAGUUGAUCUCAUACAACAACGAAGCAGAAACAAUAGAAUUCAAGGCUCCACCGAACAAAAAAUUAGUAACAACAAAGUGCAUCAAUGAUGCUUCUUAUUUACGUGCUUUACGAAUGUGUUGCUAAAGAAAAACAAAACAUUAUUAAUCAUGCCAGUAAUAUGACAUUGAAACAUCACCGUAAAAACCUAAUUAUAGAGAUAGACACUAUUAAUGGUUUUCAAUGUCGAAAACAACGCAAGCAAACGGUAAGAAAAAAAACGAAUCAUACAUAUACGAAAAUGGAAAGUAUUAUCGAAAUGUUUUUAGGUACAAGUUAAUUAUUAUUCAUAUUACAUUACAAUGACUGUUGACUUCUUGAUAACAGGAGAGCGAAUCAGUCUAGAAAAUUCAUACUCCUUACCCUUCUGUCAUCAAGACAUCGAUAUAAUCCGAAAAAAAAAUAAAUAACAUUAAUUGACAGAAAAAAAAACGAUAAAUAUGUAAUCGAAUGGAGUGUUGUCAGAUCUAUGUAUAAAUGAAAACUAUUGUUAUAGUUGGAAAAUAAUGUAAUAUUAUAAUGAAUAUAUUUCUCAAUGAGCGAUAUAAAUUGUUGCCACCAUAUCAUAUAUUAGAUCGAUUGGUUGAAAAAUAAUGUCGUGCGAUUAGUAUAAAUAUUGUUGAAUUGAUUUUAAAUGAUAAUUACGUAAUCUGCAAAUUGUGUUAAUGUAAUUAUUUAAAUUACCUCCCCUUAGCAUUCAGAGUUUAUAUGUGUAUAACAAAAUUAUUCGAGAUUCGAUUGAAUAAAAUGGGUUGAUCUCAA